AAUCACAAAAGGAAGACACGGCAAAGAAAAGGCACCCAGCCCAGCCUGACACACAAUAAAGCGUCCAACGUCUUCACGGAGACAGCCCGGGACGAAACCGUCAACCUCCGCAUGCCCGAGGGUCGCGUGUUUCCAGUGUGGCGGGGGAUCGGGGCCAGUAGUGGCGUCGGAGGCGGGUGGAGCCAGGGCUGGGGACGCUGCUUGCGAUGGGAGCCAGCCAGUCCAGGACAAAGGGCCCGGAUCCCGGUAUUUGACUACCCGGUCUGGUUAGUCCUCUGUCGUGGAGGACGAGCCAGGCUCAUUGAGGUUUGUCAGAAAGGGAGGGGUGUCAUCAGACUGCCCACAGACAUGCUCAGCAUCAAGCUUCCCCAGCUCUUUGACAUCCACCAGGUCCCCAAGGUGUUCAGGGAGGACAGCAUCAUCUCUGGAUACCGCCACCCGCGCAGCUCGGCGCUGGACUGCGUCCUCAGCAGCUUCCAGAUGAACAACGAGACGGUAAACAUCUGGACCCACUUCCUGCCAACAUGGUACUUCCUGUGGCGUUUCUGCGUCCUCUGCUCCACCCUGAACUUCCUGACCGACAGCUACACCUGGCCCCUGCUAGUGUACAUGCUGCUCAUCUGCAUUUACCCCUUCACCUCGAGCUGUGCACACACCUUCAGCACCAUGUCCCCAGAGUCCCGCCACAUCUGCUACUUCUUUGACUACGGAGCGCUAAGCCUCUACAGCCUGGGUUGUGCCAUAAGCUACGGAUACUAUGUCAUACCAGACAGCUGGGUGAACAGCUGGAUCCAUCAACAUUUUGUCCCCAUUGCCAUCGGAAACACACUGUUCUGCACCAGUCUGUCCUGCUAUUCCAGGUUCCUGGAGCUGCAGUUCCCACAGAGAAGUAAAGCUCUGAGGACGGGAGCGUUUGUCGUUCCAUUUAUAUUUGACACUAUCCCUCUGUUUUACCGGAUACUUAUCUGCUGCGGGGGAAGCUGCAGCCCGAGCGACGCCGUGUCCAGUCACUGUUACCACCUCCUCUUUGCCUUCCUCACCUGUUUCCUGUUUACCGCCCACCUCCCGGAGAGGUUGGCCCCAGGGCGCUUCGACUACUUCGGCCACAGCCACCAGCUCUUCCACAUCAGCGCCGUGGUGGGGACCCACUUCCAGAUGGAGGGCGUGAUCGCAGACAUGACGUCGCGGAGGGCGGCGCUCGUGGCCCACGCGGCGAUGCCCUCCUUCCUGGGGACCAUCGGGGUGCUGGUCUUCAGCCUCGUCCUCAACCUGGGCAUCAUCGGCAUUUUCAGCGCCCCGCUGCUGUGGAAACGCUGCCACAGCUCCACCCAGCCGCACGCUCCGCCCUGCGAGCGCAAGGAGCAGUGAGGGCGCAUUUCCCAGCGACAGCCCCCGAAUGGCUGCGUCACUUUCCAAAGGAAAGGUUUGGACCGUCUGCCUCAGCAGCGCAGGUCCCAGUAGUGUUUGUUUAACACCAACAGUUUUAUCACUCAGUCAGGCUAUGAUGCAUCAUCUCCAGGUGUAAAACGCCGUCUUACACCUGGAGUUUGUUCAUGUGUUUACUCAGACGCUGAGGACCCAGUCCAUUUACUGAAGCCUUUUCCGUUGUCUGCUUAAUUUAUUUUGGAGGCUCCUCGGUGUGCAUUUAAAAGGCUCUGGGUUGAAGGAAGCAUGCUGUUGUAACACAACAAGUGCCUUAUCGUAGACCCACACUUCAUUCACAGUGUUUACAGUAGUUCAAAUCUCGAACUGGAACAUUUGACGUGGCAGUUUGCAGGGAUUAUAUCUCUAAUUACAGAUGCUUCUUGUCGUUCAAGACCAGAAUCUCCGUCAUUAAACGUUCUUUGUAACUGGACUACUCGGUUAGGGAGGUUGUUGUAUGUAUAAAGCCGUCUUCAGCCUAAACAACCCUCAUUCAACUCUACGCUCAUAAUGUAAUGCAGAUUGCAUUGCCAGCUCUUCUAUAUCCACCUAUUGAUCCCACUCUGCACAGACUGGAAUUGAUUUGAAGACCAGUGUGGUUCUUUUUCUGAUUGCCUCCCUUGUUAUGAACCCCACAAUCUGCCUUAGCAGAGCAAAAAAAAAAAAAAAUGUUCCAGUGCAGCAGCAGUGAUUAAAAGACAGGCACCAUUUUUAUAUCAGUAAGUUUCCAUGGCAACGAUAUAGUGGCCUCAUGCCCCCUGAAGGUCUUCAACAAUUUCUAUGUUCCGAGCAAAUGGCACCGUUUUCUCUCGCUCUUCCAUCACGUAUCAUAAGAUCUAUUCUGAGCACUUAUCAUGUACGAUCGCUCAAAAAAAUGACAUAUAAUAAUAAUAAUAAUCUGGGGUUGUAAUUCGGCCUUUUAAGCAUUUGCAUAUUUCCGGUCCUGUCCAGCACUUGCGGUUUAAAACAUGAGUGGAAUUAAGAGAGACGCAGAUGUUUAAUAAGUAUGUUUAAUCGUAGUUCGGGCUCGUAUUAACAUUCUGCUGCACGUGCAGUAUAACAGAGCGUCACACUCCUUAUAUACUGUGCUUAUCAUGUCCCAUGAAGCUGUUGUAUAAAUUUACCACUAAAAUAAUAACUGUCUUAUAUAUUUAUAGAGUUUUAUUGUAUUUAUUGCUUGUAUAAGGUGCAUGAGCAGGGAUGGAGAUGAGCUUCUUUUCCUUUGGAGGGGAUCUACAGUUUGUUCCUAAUAACUGAUUGGAGACGACCCUCUCACGUCAUUGGUGACUGUUAUUGAGCUUUGCUUUCUUAAAACGAGUGAAAAGGGUGCGGAGAUAUUAUUUCCACAAGUUUUCCGACACUAGUCAACUUGUUUCAGGUGUUUUUCUCAGAAUACCUGACUGUAUCAGAGCUGAAAUGAUUGGGUUAUUGAUCGAGCAGUCGAUUGACGGAACUGUUUUUAAUCAUUGGAGUCAAAAAGAGAUGCAUGUUUUUCUGUUGAUUUAUAUAAAUGUAAACUGAAUGUCUUUAAGUUUUGGCCUGUUUUUUAGACAAAAAUCUGGGAAAUUGUGCUGUCUACUUUUUCCAAGUGUUAAAACCUUAUAGACAAAACAGCUGAUUGAGGGGGAAAAAAUGAUCAGAUUAGUUCAGAUUGCAGCAAAAUUCUGAAAAACGGUUUCAAAUUAUCUAUAUUUUGCUCUAUUUUUUCACUUGUUUUAAGAGAAUAAAACUUUAAAGAUGUAAUGAAGGACAGAAAAGACUUGAUAAGGUGCAUAAACGAUACGAUUCAUUCAUAAACUGUCACAGCAGCCGUAGCAGUGCUUCAUUAACAGCCUGCCGUUCAGAGGCCGGCAAACAGGUUGUUGAUACGUUAGCAAACAUCUGUGUCGUAGCAUUAACACGCUGAAGCUGCAGAUGUCAGCAGCGCUCGUUUUACAAACACGUGGAAGGCUCAUCUGUAUAAAAACAAGUUUCUGAGCAUUUAAGGCACAAAUUUACACUGACACAAGUCACAGGAAACAGGCGGCUAACACACACACUCACACCCUUUUAGCUGUGCUGGUGGAGAGGUUAAGAAGAGGGGAAGUGUAUGUGAUAUUAUGGGCUCGAGGUGUGUGACAGGUCCAUGUUGGAUGCUGCAGGAGAGACGACAGACGCAGAGCGAAUGUGUAGAAUCACAGAGAGCACACACACACGCACACACACUUUUAUGUUAGAGAGUUGUUUAAGAUGUUUUCAAGGUUAGCGUGCAGAGUAUAAAAGUCACAUUGCUGCUAACGCUGCAGACAAAACGGAGCAGUGUUUUCCCUCGAUGUUUCUGUUUUAUCUCCUCGCUGCCGAGCGGUGAUCGAUUUUAUUUUCUCUACAGUCAUCAUCUUACAGCGUUCUGUGGUUUGACCCUGUUGAUUCUUGGAAUUGCAUCAUUACUGGCUUCUGAUGUGGUUCUUUGCUAUCGACCCAAACCGGUUUGGAACUCAUUUGUUUCUGAGCUGCUGUUGUUUUAUUUGUUCGGGGUUUUUUUUCUUGCCAUCUCAUUCACUCUCAGCUGUUCGGAGAUGCUGAGCGUCGAGGCUUCUGCAUCAGAUAGAUCGAUGCUGAUGCUGCCGCCUCUCUGAAUUGCAUUUUUUUUUUUUUUUUUUUUUACACAUUUAUUUUGACCAAAUCAUCAAUUCCAAGCACAGAAAUUCUCCAGACCAGAUCACUGUUUCUUCAAAAGCUAUUUGUCGUGUAAACCCUGUUGGUUUACUCCUCAGUGGACAAGCUGAUGCAGGUUGUAAUUAUCAGGAAAACUGGGCACUUUUCUUGUUUCUUUUUUAAAAAACAUUGUAUGAAGGAUGUUUGAUAACGUGAAAAAGAGCAAAGACGAGUGUGGGAUGAACCAUUUGAUACGAGGAGGAUUUUCUGUCAAAAAAAAAGUGAAAACAGGGUUUGAAAGAAUUACUGGUGCCUUCUUUUAAAUGUUUUGUACAACUUUUGAUAUAAUUCUCCAGUUGUUCCAACAAACUACUCUUAAAAUGUAUAAAUUCUUUGCUGUGUAUAAUUUGUAAUUUGCUACUUUGUCCUACUAGACUUGUAUAAUAAAUUAAGCCUUUUAUAAAUGGAAUAACUGUCGCUGGAUGUC